GUUUUCCUGGACCUAGGCUGCUGACUAAGGAACCCCUUCCCGUUCCGCCCCUCUUCCACACGCGGGCGCCCCCAGGCGGAAGCACCAGGCCAGCAGGAAAGGGGGCGGAGCAGGGAAACAGGCCAGACCCUCCCCCAGUCCUAAUGUGAGGUGCACUCCAGUAUUUGGGGAUGUAGGAGUAACCCGGACCCGUAGCACCCGUGAGGCGUUGCUCUAGGGGUGCUGCUUAGCCCUAGGACCGGUGUCCAGGUCCAGGCCAGCAGGCGAGGGGGUGGGGUGAUGCGUCACCAUAGCCCGGCCCCCCGCCCAAACUCCACCCCAGGGAAGGCGGCGCGGAUAAAGGCUCAGGGGCCGCCCGCCCGGCCCCAGACCGGCACGGCCACCUCUCGCCACGACCCAUACACAGGUCAUCUGGAACAGUGGUGACCCAGGACCUACGGAGCCCCGAUCUUGCGAGCAGCGGCUGCGGCUGUUGCUAAGGGAAGGGACGCGCCGGGUAGCACGACCCAAGAGGGAUCCAGGCACCGUGCGAACCAAGAUAGCUCGCCCCGUUUCUGUAGGACCCUCCCCGUGCUGUACCCAGGUCGCUGUCAUCCGCCCUUGAAACCGGAUCACAGACCCCACCCCGGGGCGCAACCUAAGGAUCCCACACGACCCCGGAGCACCACUCGGAUUCUUGAUUGCCGGCUCAAUUGCUAACGUAGGGACCUUCCCCAAGGGGCGCACGCACUGCUCCUGUCUCUGGGCGCUCGCGGAGUGGAGGAGGACCUUGUUUCGGCGGGGGAGUCCCGGCAAGGAUUGGAGGCGACCCGCAGGCCCCCAGUUCUCCUGCGCGCGCCGGGGAUGGAGCCGCAGCCCGGCGGCGCCCGGAGCUGCCGGCGCGGGGCCCCCGGCGGCGCCUGCGAGCUGAGCACGGCCACAGAGUCGGCCGCACCCAUGAGCCUGGCGAUCCACAGCACCACAGGGACCCGCUACGACCUGUCGGUGCCCCACGACGAGACCGUGGAAGGGCUGCGCAAAAGGCUGUCCCAACGCCUCAAAGUACCCAAGGAACGCCUGGCGCUGCUACACAAAGACACCCGGCUCAGUUCGGGGAAGCUGCAGGAAUUCGGCGUGGGGGAUGGGAGCAAGUUGACGAUCGUGCCCACGGUGGAAGCUGGCCUCAUGUCCCAGGCCUCGAGGCCCGAACAGUCCGUUAUGCAAGCCCUGGAAAGUUUGACUGAGACCCAGCCCCCAGCGACACCCGGGCCAGGCCGGGCUGCCGGAGGAGGCUUCCGGAAAUACAGAUUGAUUUUAUUUAAGCGUCCGUGGCACCGACAGGGACCCCAGAGCCCAGAGAGGGGCGGCGAGAGGCCCCAGGUCAGUGACUUUUUGUCAGGCCGCUCGCCUUUGACCCUGGCCCUUCGAGUUGGGGAUCACAUGAUGUUUGUACAGUUGCAACUGGCGGCCCAGCACGCCCCACUCCAGCACCGCCAUGUGCUUGCUGCCGCCGCCGCAGCAGCCGCCGCCGCUAGGGGAGACUCCAGUGUAGCCACCCCAGUGUCCUCGCCUUGUAGGCCGGUGUCCAGUGCCGCCCGUGUCCCCCCAGUAUCCAGCAGCCCUUCUUCACCUGCAUCCCCCUCACCUGUCACCGCUGGCUCCUUCCGAUCCCACGCAGCUUCCACGACCUGUCCUGAGAUGGACUGUUCUCCACCCGCCAGCAGCAACGCCACUUCGACCCCAGGCAGCAGCCCCACCCCUCGAUCCCGCAAACCCGGUGCGGUCAUUGAGAGCUUCGUGAACCACGCUCCAGGGGUCUUCUCAGGGACCUUCUCUGGCACACUGCACCCCAACUGCCAGGACAGUAGUGGGCGGCCUCGGCGUGACAUCGGCACCAUUCUGCAGAUACUCAAUGACCUCCUAAGUGCCACGAGGCAUUACCAGGGCAUGCCACCCUCACUGACCCAGCUCCGCUGCCACGCGCAGUGCUCACCUGCCUCACCAGCCCCCGACCUCACCCCCAAAACUACCUCCUGUGAAAAGCUGGCAGCCACAUCCCCCACAUCCCUGCUCCAGGGCCAGAGCCAGAUCCGAAUGUGCAAGCCCCCUGGAGACCGUCUUCGGCAGACAGAGAACCGCGCCACACGAUGCAAAGUGGAACGCCUCCAGCUCCUGCUGCAGCAGAAGCGCCUGCGAAGGAAGGCACGGCGGGACGCCCGGGGUCCUUAUCACUGGACCCCCAGCCGCAAAGCUGGCCGUAGCGACAGCAGCAGCAGUGGGGGUGGAGGUAGCCCCAGCGAGGCCACAGGCUUGGGCCUCGACUUUGAGGACUCGGUUUGGAAGCCUGAAGUCAAUCCGGAUAUCCAGUCCGAGUUUGUGGUGGCUUAAAGGAUCCAGUCCCUUUGGGUCUGUACAUCCCCUAUCCCACACACGGGGCAGGAGGACACCACAGACUGGACGCUGAGCGGCCCAGCUCUGGGGGGCACGAGGUCACCUCCGUUGCCACUUACCAGCCUUUCUGAUUCUUUUUUAGCUCCUCCCCAAUUGUCUGCCCUGCAUCCCUAGUCACAUGCCCACUUCUCUUCCUUCCCUUACCAUGGUCACGGCCUCUGCGACAGGGCCCUUCCCUCCCACCUUCUCCAGCUCCAAAUAUGUAGCAGUCUGUUCCCAGAUGGCCCAGACGGAGGAAGCCACCCACCCCAGCCCUUCCGCUCUGCCUAGCUCUCCCCACCCCCUUCCAUAACCCAAUUCAGGUUUUUAACUCAAUGUAGAUUCUCCAAGCACUUUACAGAUGAGGGUUGGGGACCCCAGGAUGAGUCCCCACCCCCCACCCCCGUCUGCAGACUUGGCCACGGUUCCAGGCCAGCUGGAUCCCUCACCCCUCCCACCCCGGAAGCUAAUAGACUCACAGAGGGUUCCUUUAUCCACGAAGCCCACUUAACUCACAGCCUUCCUCCUGCCUCAGUCUCCCAAGUGCUACAAUGACAGGCCUUUGCCGCCACGCCUGGCUGGCCUUGCUCUUGCCACAAAAGCUAGUUCGAUGGAAAAAGCUGAAGCAGGUGGCUGUCCUUUGGUCAGGUGGGGGAUGCUCCUUUUCCUCACAAGAAUGGACAGGCCUCCGGGUCACCCUCUCUGGACACUGGCCUCACUGUCUCCUCCCUCCCUCCACACACCCACUUAUUUCCCUAACCUUCCUUCCCAAUGGAGCUUGGGAGACUAUUUAUAGAUUUCAUUUUUCUGACUGAGCCAGUAAUGGUUGCUAUCCUCUAGGAAAAAAAAGAAAGAAACUGGGGUAGGUUGUAGGAGGGGGGCCCAGAAAGACACCCCCAUACCUCUUCUCCAGGCCCAGUCUGCAGCCGGGGAUGGGAAGAGGGGUGCUGAGCUGUGACUGCAUUAAUCCCACCUAGGGAGGGCGCACUGCUGGUCCACAUUGGCUCCAUGGGUGAAAGAGCCCUUCCCUGAAGUUGGGGUCGAUACAGCAGGGGUGAAUCUCGUGGGGAGUUUUUUCCUCCACAUUUUGAGAUUUUUGUGAUAAAUGGGAUGUGUGCCCACCCCUGACAUCUGUCCACGUUGUCUAGACUCCACCUGUCCACUGUUCCUUUGUUCUAGGCUGUGAACCCAUCCUUGUCUCUCCCCACUGUGUGUUUAAACCUUAAUGGUUUGGGAUGUGAACGUGUGUUGACUAGCUGUAAAGGUUUUUUGGGGUGGGUGGGUGGGAAGGGGAUCCUGAACGGUAGAGGCCAAGCAAGAAUAAGGUUUUUUUUUUUUUUUCUAAUUUUUUUUUUUCCCAAAAAGAAAAGGGAGGGGGGGUGAGUGGGUGCAUUUUUUUAAGCUGUCUUGAAUACCUAUUUAAAUGUGUGUUUUGGGUUUUUUUUUUAGGAUUUUUUUUUAAGCUGCCUGUGAUAUGUCCACUGGGCUGAGGGUGGAGGCCUCAGACAGGAGCCCACCCAUAGUUCUCUCUUCCCUAUGACUUCCCCAGAUAGCAUUAGCCACCCUCGGGGGGGGGUUGGGGGGGAGAAGAAUCGGGCUAUGGGGGUUCCACCUCGCCCAAGUCUCCUUUUGAAAUAAAUUUUGAGGGAAAAAGAAAAACCUUACACGAGCACCGAAUUUCAAAUAAACGAAAAUGAGACAUGA